CCGUAGGAAUGGCAAGCUAAACCAUCUGGGAGCAGGUAGAGGCGGACAACCCUUACAAUAUUGUGGGUUUUCAGUAAGUACUGGACUGUCGUUUCAUCAUAAAGCGCAAUUUGAACCACUUCUAAUUUGAAUUGAACUUGUCCAGAGCCGUGUUCCUCUUCGGUGCCGCAGGUUGAUUGACAAUUCUCUAGUUGGGAAUUGUGUCAUGCGUAACACUCAUGAGUCCCCUUUGAACGACAUUCAAAGAUUACUGCGCUGAUCACCUACUGCUUGAAUACACUAUCUUUUACAGGUUGCAGCCAUGGCCCAUAACAACUCUUUUUUUGACCUUCGCUUCAUCGGGAAGGUCUGUUGAUGCGGGAUCUGAUAUAUAACCCUUGAGAGCAGCGCCACAUCUAGAGAUCACCUUUUGCACCCAAACUUCCAGUAAUGAAGGGCAUGCAAUUUGCGAACAUUCUAAUAAUUAUCGCCUUCCUCAUGGGCGCAUUGAGGGCAGCCAGCGAUGACGGCGCAAUCGGUGUCGAAGUGCCGACAAUGAUCUAUGCAAUAUUUAGAUACAAUCCAAACAAAGUUGUGGCAGCUGUAGCAGGCGGGUUGUACUCCAUCGCUAGCCUUUGCUUGUUCAUGCGCUUAUUCAUGAACAAGGCAUGGUGGGGACUUUGCCUCCCCAUAGCCUCAACCUUCAUGUCUAUUGGCUUUUUCAUGCGCAUACCCAUGGUCAUGAACCCAAAUUCUCUCACAAUUUUCAUGGUCGAACAACUCCUUACCCUAUUACCGCCUGCUGCAUACCUUGCCUUCAAUUACAUCCUUUACGGGCGUUUCAUCGUGAAAUGCGUGAACAGACGCUACUCUUGGAUAAAGCCAGAGAAAGCUGCGCAGUACUUCAUUAUCAGCGAUAUCACGACUUUCUUCAUACAAGGUGUAGGUGGCGGUAUGGAAGUGUCGACAAAAGUGACAAACGAGAAACUGGGCUCGAACAUACUGCUCACCGGAUUAGUCAUUCAGACACUCUCAUAUACGUUCUUCACGAUCCUAGUUGUGCAUACCUGGCAUGGAAUCCUUCGAGACAGUUUUCUGCUCCGUCAGGAGCCAUGGGGACCAAUUAUUUGGAUCUUGAUGUUUUCUUCGACAACCUACAUGAUUCGUUCUAUCUAUCGUGUUAUCGAGAUUGCUCAAGGUAAGGGCGGCUACCUCGUCACCCAUGAAAUCUACUUCUACCUCCUCGACUCCCUGCCACUAUUGAUUGGCAUUUGCACAUACAUCAUCUACUGGCCAACGAAGUACCUCAAAGGGUCGUCCAAGCCUACUAAUGAAAUGACGGAACAGCAAUAAAGUUCUGUUAUUGCCAUGCCCAUUUGAAAUUUCAAGAACUCACCCGGGCGCGUGAACCGCAAUACUCACAGGAGAAGAACCUUGGGCUGUCACUUGCGAUUCAACGCACAAUGUCCUUCGCUCUAUAUUUAGCCCGUCGGUGUUGUGGUGCAACCCUUUGCUAACAUUCAUUUCUAUUUUUUGUUUCCUUGAAUUACAUGCAUAUUCUUCGUUAUAUUCUGACGCUCACAUCUAUAUUUCAAUGUCUCGAUGUGACAUUCGAUCGCAGUGCUACAAGACGAUGCUCCAACGCGACUCUUUCGAGUGAGCCGUCACGGUACACUGCACUCGCAUAAAAAAGAUGUGUAUACCCAAUUCCAUGACAGCCUUACGAAAUAGUUCAUCUCCACGUUGCAUGGCGACGAACCAUCGACACCACCACCGUCACCCCUUAAUGAUAUACUCGCUAAAUUCCGG